AUGGCUGGUAGAAAGACUUUCAACACAGUGUCUAGGCGUUAUCGAAAUGCUAGUCAGGCUAGGAUUUGCAAAUAUCAAGCCACACUCGAUCGUAUCACUAAAGAGCUCGCAGAAGAGAAAGAGCGGGCAAAGGUUCUGAAGAAGAGGGAAGAAGAGCUGUUUAAAAAAUAUGAGAUCAAAAAGGUUGCAGAUAUGAACUUGGAGGAGUUACUUGCCUUCAAGGAAAAGCUGGAAACUCUCCGCGAGACUAUCAAUAGUAUUACUAAGUAG